GCCAUUGCAAGGUACUCAGUGCGCAUGCGCCACCUCGAAAGGAGAACCGUCGAGGUCGAACUGUAGCAUUGACCGAGCAACAAUGCCUUCAGGUUUUGACAAAGAGGCAUAUCCGGAGCCUCCGCGGCAGACUCCGGCUGUGGAAAAAAAGACAGCCCUGCCAAACCCGGCGCUCAUUUUGACAAAACUCUUCUAUUACUCCGUGGACCUGCCUGUCACCACAUUUAGAGAAACCAUCGAAAGCCUUCGGGCUAAAAACAGGUUGGUCUACUACCACGAGAAGUUCCGCCGUGUUCCCGAGCUGAUCGACUGCCACGAGGGAGACUACGUGUGCUACUACGAGGCUGACAUGCAGUGGAGGAGAGACUUUAAAGUAGACCAGGAGAUCGUAAAAGUGAUCCAGGAGCGUGUCAGGGCCUGCCACCAGAGAGAAGGUCCCAGCUACGAGCAAAACUGUUCCAAGGAGAUGCAACAGUUCGAGGAAGUUGCCAAGAACUUCCAGUCACGCUAUCAGGAUCUUGGAGCUUAUGCCAAUGCGAGGAAAUGUCUCAUGAAGCAAAAAGAGAGGAUGAUUGCAGCUCAAGCCCAAAAUGCUUAAUCACCCUCAUCCAUCCUGUGUAAUAGUUGUAAAAUAAAGUGUUAUAAA